CCAAUCUGCAAACAUGAAGUUCUUCCUCGUUGCUGCCCUGGUGGCCGUGGCUGCCGCCGCCCCCUCCACCCCCUACAGCCCCCGGCCGGCCUACCACCCGGCCCCGGCCUACGCACCGGCCCCCGCCUACCACCAGCCGUCCUACAAGGAGCCCGCUCAGCCGUACCAGUUCGACUACGCCGUCAACGACCACUACUCGGGCGCCGUCUUCUCGCAGAACGAGAACAGCGACGCCAAGAACGUCAACGGCUACUACUCGGUCAACCUGCCCGACGGCCGUGUGCAGACGGUCAAGUACGUGGCUGACCAGCAGGGCUACGGAGGCUACAACGCCGAGGUGACCUACGAGGGCGAGGCCCGCUACGACGAGUACAAGCCCAGCUACAAGCCCAGCUACAAGCCCGCUUCGUACGCCGCUCCGUCCUACCAGCCCGCCUACAAGCCCGCCUACAAGCCCGCCUACAAGCCCGCCUACCAGCCCGCCUACAAGCCUGCCUACAAGGCCGCUUACCAGCCCGCCUACAAGCCGGCCUACAAGCCCGCCUACAACUAAAGACAUGCAGUUAUGACCUGAAAGUGAUAUUUAUGCAAAUAUGUAUGUGCUUUGGUGUGUAUGGUCCUGUUGUGUUAUAAU